GGUGUGCCAUCCUUCAGUGAGUUGUGAAAUAGAUCAGAGGACAAGAUCUGAGAUAACACACUACUGAAUCUUUAGAUCUCCCGAUUUUUCUGUAAUUAAAGCAGAAAAUGAAGGUAAUUGAGAAGAUUUUGGAGUCUACGGCGGCUGGAGAUGCCGGAAAGGUGGUUUUUUCCUUCGAAUUCUUCCCUCCGAAGACAGAAGAAGGUGUUGAAAAUCUGUUCGAAAGGAUGGAGCGAAUGGUGGCUCACAAUCCUACAUUUUGCGACAUCACAUGGGGCGCCGGUGGCUCCACGGCAGAGCUGACUUUGGAAAUAGCGAGGAGGAUGCAGAAUAUGGUUUGUGUGGAGACUAUGAUGCAUUUGACUUGUACUAAUAUGCCGGUGGAGAAGAUAGAUCACGCUCUAGAGACUAUUAAGAAAGAUGGAAUCCAGAAUGUGCUGGCUCUUCGAGGUGAUCCACCACGCGGUCAGGAUAAGUUCGUUCAGAUCCAGGGCGGGUUCGCUUGUGCUCUCGACCUGGUGGAGCAUAUCCGCAAGUCAUAUGAUGACUACUUUGGCAUAGCUGUUGCUGGUUAUCCAGAGGCACAUCCUGAAGUCAUUGAAGGCAAUGGCUUGGCUACACCCGAAGCAUACCAAAAGGAUCUUGCUUAUCUCAAGAGAAAGGUUGAUGCUGGAGCAGAUGUGAUUGUGACUCAACUUUUCUAUGAUGUUGAUAAUUUUCUAAAAUUCGUGAAUGAUUGUCGCCAAAUUGGAAUAACUUGUCCCAUUGUUCCCGGUAUUAUGCCCAUUAACAACUAUAAUGGUUUCAUUAGGAUGACUGGUUUCUGCAAAACUAAGAUUCCAUCUGAAAUUACUGCUGCUUUGGAGCCUAUCAAGGACAAUGAGGAAGCUGUUAGAAACUAUGGAGUCCACCUUGGAACUGAAAUGUGUAAGAAAAUCAUGGCUAGUGGAAUCAAGACUUUGCAUCUUUAUACACUCAACAAUGAGAAAUCUGCAUUGGCAAUAUUGACAAGUCUUGGAUUGGUUGACGAGGCCAAAAUUACAAGACCACUUCCAUGGAGGAGACCUACUAACCUUUUCCGUCUUAAAGAAGAUGUUAGGCCAAUAUUCUGGGCCAAUCGUCCAAAGAGCUACAUAUCAAGGACUGGUGGUUGGGAGCAAUAUCCACAUGGGCGUUGGGCGGAUUCUUCUAAUGCAUCAUACGGAGCAUUAACCGAUCAUCAGUUCAUGCGGCCGCGUGCACGUGACAAGAAAAUUCAAGCAGAAUGGGUGGUCCCUUUGACCAAGUUUGAUGAUAUUUCCGAGAAAUUCAUGAAGUACUGCCUUGGGCAACUAAAAACCAGCCCUUGGUCGGACCUCGAUGCACUUCAGCCAGAGACAAAAAUUAUCAAUGAAGAACUCGCUUCCAUUAACCUCAAGGGUUUCCUCACCAUCAACAGCCAACCUGCUGUUAAUGGAGCCAAAUCUGACUCCCCAUCUGUUGGAUGGGGCCCAGCGGGUGGGUACGUAUACCAGAAAGCCUACGUGGAGUUUUUCUGCUCUGGUGAAAAGUUAAAUGCUCUUGUGGAGAAAAGCAAGGCAAUUCCUUCACUCACAUACUUGGCGGUGAACAAGGAAGGAACCCUGGUUUCAAAUGUUGGGAAAAACGAUGUGAAUGCAGUCACAUGGGGUGCCUUCCCAGGAAAGGAGAUCAUUCAACCAACUGUUGUGGACCCCGCUAGUUUCUUGAUAUGGAAGGAUGAAGCUUUUGAGAUCUGGUCAAGAGGAUGGGCUCAAUUGUAUCCCCAGGAAGAUAACUCUUCAAGAUCGCUUCUCCAAGAGGUACAAAACACUUACUACUUGGUGAGCUUGGUUGAUAAUGAUUACAUAAACACCAAUUUAUUCACCGUUUUCAAGGGAUUCUAGAAACACAUCCACCGCCUCUUCUUUCUAUAGAGAAAAUUGAUUGUCUUAUGCUCUUACUUAUACUUUCUUCUUUAUAUUUUGAUUUCGACGUCUUCUCUCAUCUGUCUUUCUUGUUUUGUAAUCUAAUGUUCCUACAUUUGUUGUGCAAACUACAUACACCCAUAAGCAACAUAUUUUAAUUAUUCCAUUACCAAGAAACAAGACCAAACCAGCUUCUUUUUACCUAGUAUGUGUACAAGUAUUAAAUGCAGAAUAUACGUACCAUCAUGUCAUUGCUUAUAAAAGUAAUUUCUAUUGUGCU